AUGUCUCUUGCCUCUAGCGAUUUUGACUUCUGGGAUUUCGUGGCGUGCGCCAAGUGUCAACUUCCAUUCUCCUCAGAUUCAGGCGGAACUGUUCCCUUCUGGCUGACGGAGUGUGGCCACGUUAUUUGCAACACCCACCUCAAUGCCGAUCAAAGUUGCGCUCAAUGCGGAUCGUCUGGUAUCCAACUCGCACCUCUUCAACGGGAGAUGGAGCCACCAAUGUCCGAGUGGUUUCGGUCAGUCUCUCACUCUAUGGAUUCCGCAGCUUAUGCCGUGAGGUUUCAACAAGAAACAAUGGCUUCUCAAAUACGAUAUUAUCGAACACGGCACCAGCAACUCCGAGUUUUCGUCGACCGACUCAAGCGCGACGUGGCCGAACUCAAGAAGAUGAACGAAGUGUUGUCAAACGCAAAUGAGCAGCUUCAAUACAAACAAAGAUUUGCUCGACACGCGAACAUGCCUGACAACGCCAGGUCAUCUGAAACUCUGAACUCCAAUGGAAAACGUCAAAUGGUUCCUGCAGAGCAAUAUGGUCACCAAAACGGCACGCCAGUAGCUGGCUCUAGUCCACGUUCAAUCCUAACUCCACUGGGUCCCACCAGACUUACUCUACCACCUGGCCAAACUGUACAAGAGUUGUCGUCUCACGCGCUAAGCAAUCACAACGAUACCGGCCUUCACCCAACUCAUGGUUCCGGCAGAACUCAAAUGCAUUCUUCCAACGGAGCGCAGCGGCGUCCAUCAAGUAAAUUGAUGGAGCAGUAUGCAUAUGCCCCACCCGAAACUCCUCAACUGCAUCUACCACACUUAUCUUUAGCUCAAGCUGUCCCGAAGUCAUUGCAGCGCCAGAAAGGUGCUUAUGAUGGACGUCUAGAUGCGCAACGGAUACACACGCCCGUCCCACCAACCACAUUGUCAAGAACAAACCCUGGUCCUAAUAUAAGCAAGCAACUUGGGCCACCUCGCUCGUCCAGUGCUGCAACCCAACCACAGCGAAUACAAACUAACAUGGGCCCACCGCCAACACCGCAGCACUUACACCAGCGAACACAGGCCAAUUCAGGGUUCAAUCCAAAUGAAACAUCUUCGGGCUUGGGCAGCUCUGGUGCUCGUGCAACCCACCCAUUCCUCGACGUUUCCGAUACCCUCCAAGAUCCACGAACCUCGACUUCCGCACCCCAACGCUUUUUCGACCACCGUAUCGCUUCUACGCAUGCUGGAAAUUCUUUACAGGUCUUUAAUCCCGGAUCAAGAGCACCUUCCAGGGCGUCGCCACCGAGAAUCGUCGGGCAAAGGAUGCCGUUUGUUCCCGCAGCACGUUCUCUGAACCACCAAGGACGCUUUGGGUGA